GGCGCCGUCGCCAAUGUACCAUCUCCAGGCGGCCGCGGUAACUUGUUUUUCCCCGGAGCAGCUAUGAGCAAGCGAAACCAGGUUUCGUACGUGCGGCCAGCCGAACCGGCGUUCUUGGCUCGCUUCAAGGAACAGGUCGGCUACAGGGAAGGGCCUACCGUGGAAACCAAGAGAAUCCAGCCUCAGCUCCCAGAUGAAGAUGGUGAUCACAGUGACAAAGAAGAUGAACAGCCCCAAGUGGUGGUUUUAAAAAAGGGAGACCUGUCAGUUGAAGAAGUCAUGAAAAUUAAAGCAGAAAUAAAGGCUGCCAAAGCAGAUGAAGAACCAGCUAUAGUUGAUGGAAGAAUCAUGUAUCGAAAACCAGUCAAACGUUCCUCGGAUGAAAAAUAUUCCGGUUUAACAGCAAGCUCAAAAAAGAGGAAGGCAAAUGAAGAUGAAAUAAAUAAGCAGGACUCAGUUAAAAAGAACUCACAAAAGCAAAUCAAAAACAGUUGCCUCCUUUCUUUUGACAAUGAAGAUGAAACUGAUCCUACAACACAAGUUUUUAUUUAGUGUCAGCAAGGCUUCCUUUUCAUGGAAAAGAGAGGUCUAGAGCUUGAAGUGAAGAUCCAACAGUGGGAGGUAUCAAAAUCUAAAAAAGCUCUUCAGGGUACCCAGAAGUACACUUCACAAUGUCCACUCAAAUCCCAAUAAUUUCUUUUUUCUCUGAUUAAAUCUGAAUUUUCUCAAGGAUAAACUGGUCUUAAAUUGUGUUCUAUUUAAAUCUACUUUCUGAUGUAAUGUCUUUCAGACAUUUACUUUCUGUAGAUUAAGCAUGAAAUCAGCCCAAUUUCAAGAAUGUUUAAAAAAAAGUUCCUAAAAAACACAUUGAGAACUAAAAACUAAUGCUGAACUUAGCUUGUUUUCAGUAGCUAGAUUUAUAUACGUUUGGAAUAUCUAUAACUCAAAACCAAUUAAUGGCAGUUAUUUAUUACAUACAACUUACUUUAUUUUCAAGACAACCCUAGUAAGUAUCCUCAUUAUUCUUCUGAGGAGGAUGGGGAAAACAGGCUGAGAGAGGAUCCGGUCUUACUCCCAUUAAGUGGCAGAGAAGUCCCCAA